AUGACAGUCUACAAACAGUAUAGUCGCGCCAAGCCCUACCUGCCGAAAGACCCGAAAAAACACCAUCUCGGACAUCAAUCCUUCACCCCCUCCUAUGAGAAGGACGCUCCAACGAUGAGUCUGCUGAUGUGCUGGCACUACGGCCGCAAAUGGCUGGAGGAGUCCAAGGAGUUCCACGAGAAGAUCGCGAGAAAAGAGCGAGGCUUUAUACAACCCGACAUCCAAGGCUGGCUGCAGAAACGCAUGACAGCCGCUAUGCGUCGUGCUAAUAAUCUGGACCCUAUUCAGAAGAAGCCUAGAUGGGGAUAACCAUAUGGUCAAAGACCAUGGAGCUUGUACAACAGUUAACUCAAGUUAAAAGAAAAGAAAAGAAAAAGAAAUAAUUGUACAAUCAAGAGCCAACCAAAGCUUUUAUUC